CCCACAUACUUAGCCUGUGAUUCAGGAUCCCACUCAGGAAUGACAUCAUAUAACCUGCACUGAUAUAAAGAGCUUUACAGUGUUUCCCAAGAAAACAGAACAGCUCAGGUACCUAAGAAAGACGAGUCAAUAAAAAGGAGUCCAUAAAGGUUAUCUUGUACUGAAAGAUGGUUCCUUCUCUCCUGUCGCUAUUUCUGCCCUUCUGUCUUUUUACUACAGGUUCUCCGGUUCUAGCCAGUGGAAACUCCACAGAGCCACAAGAAGGCAGCAACUUCAACUCUUCCACCACUAUUGCCCCAUUUCUGGAAAAGAAAUACACUGCCACCCAGUACGCCAAGGUCACGCAAAGUAACCAAAGCACCCGAGAGCGUAUUCUGUACGUUACUAGUGGACCAGAGGAUUAUUACUAUGAUGAUGAUAGUGGUGGUGACGAAGAAACUAAAGUCAUUGAAUCUCCACCUGCUCCUAGCAGCCCCUGCCCGUAUGACCGCUGUGAGCAUCUGUUGCCCACAUGUGAGGAGAUUCAAAAGCAGGCAGGUGGCAGAUGUCUUUGCCCAGGAAUAACUGGAUCAAAAACAAAACCAGACCCUCCUCGUCUUGUGCAGGCCCUCCUUGCUGACGGAAAGUUGUCUGUGAACUGGUGCUCCCCUCUGUCCACUGUUCGUGGUUAUAGGGUAUUGUAUAGGGGACUACAAGGUCCAAUGGAAACAGGUCCAGUCCUUAAUGCCUCAUAUCGCUCCUACUCCAUUGAAAAUCUCCCUGAUACUCAUUACACAGUGUGUGUGGUGGCAUUUAAUGAGGCUGGAGAAAGCCCUGCAGCAGUUGAUGAGGAAGAUAACGGACCAGAGGGCAGUAUGACAGGACCCUGCAGGAAUCUCCACACCACUCUCUCCAAAGACUCUUACAUUUAUCUAGGGGUGGGACUGGGGCUGGCAGCACUGGCAGGGCUGUUGGUUGUACUAGGCUGUUGGCUUUGGAAAAGGGAGAGGAGCAACAAAAUGUAUGUAGCUGAAGAGGAAGAAAUGGGUAUUCCAAACCACUUCUAUAAGGCAGAGAGUGCAAACCAGCUGUGAGUGCAGAAUUGGUGUAAUGAGUGUGGGUACAUACAGGAGUGUAUGGUGGUACAUACAGGAGAGUAUGGUGGUACAUACAGGAGAGUAUAGGGGUACAUACAGGAAUGUGGAGCGAGAGAACAGAUAUAUGAAUGUAGAAACUAAAUACAAUUCUGUAAGUGCUAAUAUUUAUUCUAAUAAAUUUUAUUUUUAUAUGA